AUGCGUUUGCAUGUGGGUGAAACAUCACUGUCUUUCUUAAUCUCUCAUAGUAAUGCUCUCAUGAUAUUUAAUACCAAUUUAUAUACCGCUAAAAAAAUCCACCAACCAAACACUCUUAAACUUCUUUCUUUCUCUCUCUCUCUCUCUCUCUCUCUCUCCUUAACACUCUUAAACUUCUUUCUUUCUUUCUUUCUUUCUUUCUUUAUUUCUCUCUCUCUCUCUCUAUCUCUCUCUCCCCCCUUAACACUCUUAAACUUCUUCUCUAUCUUUCUCUCUUGUGCCUCUGAAAUUCUUUCUUCCUUUCUCUCUUAUGCUCUUAAAAUUCUUCCUCUAUCUAUCUCUCUCUCUCUCUCUCUCUCUCUCUCUCUCUUGAAAUCUUUCUUUCUCUGUAACCCUCCUGAAUUUUUUCCUUUCUUUCUUCCUCUCUAUAGCUCUUUAAAUUCUUUCUGUCUUUCUUCCUCUCUAACGCGUUUGAAUUUCUUCCAUUCUUUCUCUCUGACACUCGUCUAA